AUGAUCGAUCUGUGGGGGCAAUGUGCACAGUCCACAACAAGGCUCAGCAGGACGCCUUGAAGAGAGGUCGAAGCUGAGCACUGGCGCGACGCUUGGCGAAUGAGAGAGUCAGCCACCAUGCUAGGCUUCUAAAAUUAAAGCCACGGCCUGAACCGUUUUCCGGCCAAAACGGGCUUUCGCACGGGGAUUAGCGCGCAAUCCUUGCAGGCAAUUAGCAGACCUAAGCUUGAUUCGCCGCGUAAGCGAGCUCCUUUGACCGCUUGGGUCGUUUUGGGUGGCUAGGACGGCGAGAUCACCAGGCUGAGUCAAGGUCCUAUGCCCCUUUCGACCAGCGCUCGUUGGGUCGCUGGAAAGACGGAGAAGGGACGCCGACCACGUGAAACCUCCAUCCAUGGUCGAGACUGCCCCUAGAUGUUGAGCGCGGAAAAGCGGCUGUCGAGACGAGCCUGAUGUUUAAUGAGACGAACAGACAGGAGCGAAGAUCCAGUGACGUUCUGUGUCUCGACCAGCAGCAAGGCUGGCUGGGACACCGCCUGGCAAGGAAUCGGUGUGCGAACUCAAUAGGGAAGCCCUGCCACUCCGAGUGCUGCAACCGAAAGCUGCAGGCUGUCAACCCUAUCGCAACACCGGCACAUGACGAGCCGUUGUCCAACGGUGACUCGGGUUUUCGCAGAGUAAGUCGUUCCGUGGUUAAGACGGAGGCUACCCCUACGACUCCGAUGCUGGACCUUGCUCGGCCACGUUUUUCCGCCGUCAGUGCCCUCCCUCUUCGUCACCACGCGACAAACAACGUCUUGUUUCGCCCCGCCUAAUAUUGUUGUUAUUGUUGUAGUCGAAUAGUACGUACCUGCUAAACGAGCCGCGCUACGUCGCGAUCUGCAAGCGGCAUGCCCGGGAUAUUUCUUGCUUGCUGCUGCAGUAGCACCAAACUUGGAGCUGCAGAGCUGCAGGGCCAAACUGUGAAAGGAGCU